AUGAAAUAUUUCAUCGGAAAUAGCUGGCUGUAUGUGUUCCACUACGGACUAUCACCUCUGGAGAUCGGACUAGAAGUGAAAUGGAAUUCCCGGCCUUCAGAGCGUUUCAAGGCGUUCAUAUCCAUGCUUGAUUCGAGGAACCAUACAAUCUCACCUGAUGCGAACGGUGAAAACUACACGAACUGCGACUCAACAAAUUGGCUUGGACUAGCAGCAACCAUUUCUUUUACAGAACGAACUCAGAUGGUUAACCUUCGGAUCAUCCGCGCAACCCACAGAUAUAGUACUUCUUGGAACUUGGUAAUCAACUACAUGAACUACAAGUUGAUAACUCCAUGGGUUUGGCUCUUCUCACGAGACACGUGUAAGGUAUCCCUGAUGGAGAGGUGGAAUGGAUUCCAUGAAGUUUUGUCCAAACAUAUGUACUUAUCCCUGUUGAAGACAGUCAGGAGAGUCAAAUGUCUGGACUUCGCCAAGAAAUGA